AUGGGCGUCUUCAACUUGGAGGAGAAGGAAGGGUUUGGGCCUUCAGUACAAGUAACCUUCCCAUCAAACAUCACCAAGAAACAACUCCAGGAAUUUGUCCCUUUUCGAGACUGGAAAACCACGCUGAGGCAAAACCUACAACUUCAACGUGAUGAAGAUGACCAUGCACACCAUCGGGAACCCUAUGAGCUUCGAUCCGUCGAGGUACAAUCAGUCGACUGGUUUGGCCCAAAAACAAUUGGCUUUGUCAAGAUCUCUGCUAAGAUCAAGAAUCAAAACCCCGACAAGGAAGACCUUCCCGGGAUUGCAUUGUUGCGUGGUGGAAGUGUCGCGGUGUUAAUGGUGCUUCGUCCGCAAGACGCCAAAGACGAGAGAUACGUGAUCCUUACAGAACAGCCCAGAAUCCCCGCCGGCAGCCUUCGGUUUUUAGAAAUCCCAGCUGGUAUGCUCGAUGGAAGCAACGACUUUAUAGGAAAGACUGCCAAGGAGAUCCAGGAAGAGACGAUGAUCAAAGUUCGCCGCGAAGACCUGAUCAACAUGACUGAACUCGCGCUUCAAGAGUCACAAGUCAAGGAUACGUUGCAAACUGCCAUGUACCCGAGUCCUGGGGGUUCGGACGAAUUUAUCCCAAUUUACCUUUGGGAAAAAGAGCUCGAUCGACAGCGGAUUGAGGAGCUUCGUGGGAAACUCACAGGCCAGAGAACGCAAGGUGAGAUGAUCACGCUAAGAGUCUGCGAUUACGAGGACUUGUGGAGGGAAGGUGCACGUGACGCAAAGACUCUUGCAGCCUGGGCGCUGUACGAAGGUUUGAGUAGAGCGGGGAUCCUUCAGGAUGCUCUCGAACAGAAGCGCAGAACAUCGGGGAGCAACUCGCCAGACGGACAUCCUCAGAGGCAGAAAACUUUGUAA